GCCGCAAGACGACUUCACUCCCCGAGCAGUAGACGAACUCACGGAAAACAUGGACAACCUCGACCUGCCACCUGCCACCGAAAGUAGUUAUGGAUACGAGGGCCAGGAUACUGAGCAUAAUGGCGAGUUGGGUGACAACGUCGCAUAGCCGGGGCUAACCCUGCUGCAGAUCCAUCAUACAUGUAUGAACCUUCGACGACAUCCCAUAGCAGCUCAGGUCGAUCUAGGAAGGGGAAAGAGACAGCCUACGCCCCAGAUCCUCAUGAUGGGGGAGAUCCUCCACCCGAAGAUCCCCCGGCGCCGCCCUUAGAUCCAUUUUGGGGCGCCGAAGGUGGCACCAUUGGACUACAGGACGAAGAGUUAAUUCCUCCCCAAGGUGGUGCAGAAAGCCUGUAUCACGAGUCCGAGGGAUAUGGGGCAGCCCAUGAUCCAAUCCCGGCUACGUACAGUCAAGACUCUGGGUACGCAACGGCCGACUUAGAUGACUUCGAUGACCCGAUUGUGCAAGAGGCUAUGUCGAACCGCAACGAAAUGUAUGGGACUUCCGGUCAUAGUGGACCAUCAACGGAGCCCGCAUAUGGUACAGCUUAUCCAGCAUACGAGGAGGACGAUGGUGCGGCAACGCCGAAGGGCCGGCAAAGCCCUACGCCAUCAUUCGACAUAAGCGGCACUCACGGGUCUGCUGAAGAUCUUGAUCCUCGUUACGUCGUUGAACCGUCACACAAAUUCCGACCCGGAUCGGUUUUCAAAGUCUUAUGGUCGGAGCCAUCCGGCUCUCACGCCGCAGGAAACUCAACGAUAUCCGAGAAGCAGCAAAUCCAAGACCAAUUCGGAGGGUCUGUGUUCAUCGGUUUCAGGCGCUUCAUUGUUAUUGCAAAUGACGAAGGGCACUGCACCUGCGUGCCAAUUCUCACGUACCAAGGCAAAGCUUGCAACAAGAGGGGCGUGAAAGCCCACAAGCACGGCAUGAUCUAUAGCCACAAGCUACAUCGACCGCUUCGUGACGAGCCAAAGCUCGGCUUCCCACCAGUCCGGGCUAAGAUCACGAUCGAGGGAGAGAAACUCGCCAAAGAAUCGCGCGUCAACUACUCCAAGCUUGUCACGGUUGAACACAAUGUCAAGGUCUUCUUCAUCGGCUACAUUAGCCCUGACGACUUUGAAGACGUUGAGUACGCUGUUGAUGACUGCUGGGAGAAGAAGACCCGAGCGAAGAAGAAGUCAAGAAAAUAAGCAGACGACUUUGUUUGCAAACAUGUUUGCGUCUCUGUCACAGCUUGUGAUGGCAGCACAUUUUAACAAAUUAUACGUUCGGAAGAAGCUAGGUCCGCCUACGCUCCUCUAUCACGAUGAGACGACAGUCUAUUUUGCCGACCACCCGGCUCAUUUACUACGAUAUUAUUGCGGAAGCUAUGUUAUGAUGAUUCGCAUGUUAUCAAACAUUUACUUGGAUUUAUCCGGCAUG